AUGGCGGCUUGGACGCGUCUCAAGCCGCUUCUGCUCUUGGUCACCACUCUGGUGACCAUGGCUACUGCUGCCGUGGAAUGCUACGACGUGGAAACGGUCUACCUUCAGGAUCCCACCACUGGCCAACAGUAUCAAGUUGGUGAGAUCAAUGUUCUUCCUCGGUCUCUCUUUGGUCGUGCUGUUCACGGUAACGAACUGAUCACUGUCACUGUCACCCACACUACCUGCGGUCAUCACAGUACUGAGGAAUCCACCACAACUGUCACCACCGAUGUUGAUUGUAGUUCUUCUACGACUUCUGUUUUGGAAGUGUCUACUACCUCGGUUCCCGCUCAGGUCACUUCCCCUGUGCCUGUGGUUUCUCAGUCUACUGCGCCUGUGACCACUCAGACUUCGGUGCCUAGCGGCACUCCUGAGGUGUCUACUUCGUCUGUUCCGGUCUCCACUCCGACUCCUGUGACUAGCACUUCUGAGGUGUCUACUUCGCCCACUCAAACUUCUGCGUCAGGAACUUCUAGCACGUUGACCUCCUCGUCUGUGCCUGUUACUCCUCACAGUUCUAUCCCCGGUACCACUGGAGUGUCUACUCAGUCUUCUGCACCUGGCACAACCCAGACUCCUGGGCCCAGCACUACUUUGGUUACUUCUCCAUCGUCUGUACCUGGUACCACCGAGACUCCUACAUCUAGUGCCACUCCAGUGACUUCGCAGUCUUCCGUCCCCGGAACCACUCAGACUCCAGGACCCAGCACUACUGAGGUAGCCACUGGAAGCAGCUCUGCAAGUGGCACUGGAUCUUCCAAGGUCACUGCCACUACCACUGUAUCUGUUUCUUCUUCUCCCUCCGCUGCUACUAGUGUAGCUCCUGUUCCUGCUACCACUGCUGAGGAAUCGACCACCUCCACGGUUUCCACUCCUGUCGCCCAGGUGACAACCAGCUCCAAUGCUACCACUGUGGUUCCUGUCCCUGUCAGCACUACCAUGGACCAUACUACCUCUACACUUCCUGGCACUGUUACCGAGGUGACCACUGAGACAAUCUCGUCACCGUGCCCGAGCCCCUCUACCACCGAGGUUCCCACACCUGCUCCUGAAGUCACUACUGGAACGAACACCACUUCUAGCAUUACCAGAGUGGUCCCUGUCCCUGGUACAACUUCAAUUGUCUACACAAACUCAACCAUUAUCCGUACCACUCGCCCUGUGGGUGAGGUGACCACGCCUCCUUACUCAAACACCACCAAAUUGGCUCCUACUCCGGUAACCACCGAAAUUACUGUCACGGUUGAGAUUUCUUGCACUGAGACCACUAGGUGCGUCAGUACCAAGGUUUACACCACAGUUCCCACGGAGACUACCACUGUUUCUGUGACUCCCAUUCCGGCUAUAGUUACUGGCCCAAGGAAUACUACUGAGAUUGUAACCACUGUAAUCCAACCAACUGUUCCUGGCGCACUGCCACAGGAAACCACCAAGACUGUGACCACCGUGGUUCAGCCCACUGGUCCUGCACCUGUUCCUCUGACGACCACCAAGGUUGUGACAACUGUGAUCCAACCCACAAUUCCUGGUGCCCUUCCGCAGGAGACGACUCAAACUUUGACCACCGUGGUUCAGCCAACCGUUCCUGCACCUGUCCCUCUGACGACUACCAAGGUUGUGACAACUGUGAUUCCGCCCACGAUCCCUGGUGCCCUUCCGCAGGAGACGACUCAGACUUUGACCGCUGUGAUUCAGCCAACCGUUCCUGCACCUGUCCCUCUGACGACCACCAAGGUUGUGACAACUGUGAUCCAACCCACAAUUCCUGGUGCCCUUCGCCAGGAGACGACUCAAACUUUGACCACCGUGGUUCAGCCAACCGUUCCUGCACCUGUCCCUCUGACGACUACCAAGGUUGUGACAACUGUGAUUCCGCCCACGAUCCCUGGUGCCCUUCCGCAGGAGACGACUCAGACUUUGACCGCUGUGAUUCAGCCAACCGUUCCUGCACCUGUCCCUCUGACGACUACCAAGGUUGUGACAACUGUGAUUCCACCCACGAUCCCUGGUGCCCUUCCGCAGGAGACGACUCAGACUUUGACUACUGUGAUUCAGCCAACUGCUCCUGCACCCGUCCUUCAGACGACCACCAAGCUUGUGACUAGUGUCAUUCAACCGACUGCUCCUGGUGCACUUCCGCAGACAAUCACUAAUAUUGUGACCACUGUGAUCCAGCCAAAUGUUCCUGCUCCAGUCCCACAGGUCACCACACACGUGAUUACCACCGAGGUCAAGCCAACCGAGCUGGCUCCGCUACCCCAUGCCACCACUGUUGAGGCCACUACUCUGGUCAAGGUUCCUGCUCCUCCCGUUCAGCAGGGUACUACUCAGGAAAUCACCGAGACUCAGCCAAUUGCUGUAGCCCCGACCACUCUGGCUACAACCGCUGUCCCCAAUCCCCUAGUGAGUGAGGCACACGGUACCACCACCGGGUCAGAUGUUACCAUUGUUCCUCCCCAAAAGCCUACCUACACCCAGGAGGACCAUGUUCCGGGAAGUGGUAGUACUCACGCUCCUUCGCCGAUUUUCAAUGGUGCCAGUACCGUUGGAAUCAUGGACAGCCGUGUCUUGGCCGUGAUCAUCUUGAUCAUGGUCUCUCAUGUUUUCCGUUUCAUGGUUGUUUAA